UCCGGAAGGAGGGCGAUGCUGUCCGGCUCUAUUCAGAUCUCCGGAGAGACACUCUCCUCGGCGGAGGUGAAAGACAUCUGUGACUCUCUGAGGGCGAACUCGGUGCGGCUGCUGUCUCUGAGAGGCUGUCACAUCUCAGACCGCGAUUUCCACCGCAUCAGCCGGCAUGUGGCGGACUGUCAGUCCCUGGCACAGCUCAACCUCAACCUCGGAGUAGUCAGUAACAUCAACCGAGUUAAACAGCUGGCAGAGGCACUGGCAUCCAACAGGUCCAUCCACUCCCUCUUUCUGCAUGGCACUCCCCUCACUGAUUCUGGCUUGGCUAUACUGAAUCCUGUCCUUUCCCUACACCCCUCCCUAAUAUCCCUGGAUCUUGGGGACUGUAUUCUGGGAGAUGAAGGAAUGAAUCUCAUCUGUGGACUGUUACCACCGGAUGGAGCAAAGUCAGGUCUGAAAGAGCUGACGCUAAGUGCUAACCCAGCUAUCACUGUGAAGGGAUGGGCACGUCUGGCAAUUGCGGUUGCUCACAGUUCUCAACUCCGUGUCCUUAACUUGGAUUAUAAUCCUUUAGGUGAUCACAUUGCUGGGAUGUUGGCAGUCGCCGUGGCUUCUAGUCGGACGCUGGAAGUGGUGGAUCUGGAGGGAACUGGCCUCACGAAUCAGUCUGCUCAGAUAUUUCUGGACAUGGUGGAGAAUUAUCCCACUUCCAUGCGGACUCUCAUCCUAUCAGAAAACAACAUCAGCUUGGAACUACAACAGCAAAUCUCGGAUCUGUUGUCUGAGGGAGAGGAAGAGGAGGAAAAUGAGAAUGAAGGGCAAGAAGAUGCAGAAAGGGAGAAGGAAAUCUGGAUUUCUCAGAGCAAUUCAGGAUCGCAGACUAUCCUCAUGUCAACAGGACUCGAAGAUUCCUUGCUGGCAGAAACAGAAAUGUGACAGCCUACUGAUGAACCAUGUCUUGCGGGACACCCACUGACUUGGGCUAUACUGCGCUGCCAUUGACCCAUGUCUUUGGGUGCUGCCGUUGGAAUUUACUGAAUUUGGUUUCUCAACACUUGGAUCAUUUAUUGCUAUAAUCCCUAUGUGACAGUGACCCUACAAAUACUCAAUAAGCACCCUCCAAUCACGUAACAUUAUGCUACUUUAUGUUUCUGAGUUUAUUUAAGAAGUUAUUUACAUUUAAUUAGUCUUAUAACAAGUCAUCACACUGAAAAUGUAAUUAACUGUGUAAAGCACUGACAAGUUUUGAUGUGAUAAGGCAUUGUGUAAAUGCAGUUGUUAAUGCAUUAGUUAAUGAAUGUCUUGAACUUGAUGAGUCAAGUGGGCUCCUCUGUGUUGUAAUGACUCUAUGAAACAGAUUAUAACGGGCCUGGCUUUAGCUUAGUUGUCUUUACUCAGACUGAUAGCUGUGCUGUCUCUGAAAUAAGCAAGUCAGAAAUGCUCAAUAAAGUUUUGAUUCCAUGAUG